AUGGUCACAGAUGGUGAGUUAAAGUCUGGUCUGACUUCUAUACAAAGUCUUGAAGUUAUUUCGAAGCAGAUAGCUUCAAACCUAGUUAGAGAAUCAUCACGAGCGGCUGACAUUAUUGGAUAUGCCAUUACUCUACUUGAAAAUUUCAAGUUUCAAGUAAGCAAACAUCAAAGGCUAGGAUACUGUGAUUACGAAUUUGCAUUUGUAACGUUCAGCAUAAGCCUAAGGUUAGUUCUGCAAGUUCAAAGGACAUUGGAUGAGGUCAUGUUAAAAUUUUCUGACCAACUUCUUGAAGCUCUUGAGAUUCAGAAAGAGAAUUUCGAGUCGAUUCGUGAUCAGGUCUCUCUAUUAGGGGGGCAAAGCCAUAUUUCGAGUGAAGAUAGUCUUCAAAGAAGAUUCGAGUCUUUGCGGGGAAACAUUGAAUAUAACAAAUUGCAACACCUUGACUUCGAAUUGAGCGAUAGUAUUAGUUGCGAGCGACUAAAUCAUAUCAUAAGGAAAUCGCCGGAGAAGGUAUUAUUAUUGGAUUUCAGAAGUAAGAAGGAAUUCAAUUACAGCCAUAUUAACUUUCUGAAUGUCGUCAAUGUUGAACCACUGGUUUUGAGACAGGUAUUGGAAGCGAAUGCUAAUCCAACAGAUAUGGAUUUAGAAGUUGCAUUGGCAAAGAACGUGGACAGUCAUCAAAUUCAAUUAUUCAAAGAGAGAUUCAAAUUCGAGUCGGUCUUUUGUUAUAAUCUUCGCUUUGGUGGAUUAUGCAACGAUCGGUUCGAUUCUCUAGAAUUUUCCCUUCUCCAUGGGGACAAUAACGGGUUGCCAUCUCAAAACCCGUUCAGAAGUUUGAUUAAUUUGCUUAUUUUUGACAACAAAUAUAUUAGCUCAAGAUUGAAGCAGUAUCCAGCUUACCUUCGAGGUGGCUUGGUGAAGUGGUUUCAGGUAUUUGGCGAAAGUGCAUUAACAAGUGAAACUUCAAAAUUUCAUUCCUCGGACACAUCAUUAAACAGUUCAAAGACUCGCGAAACUAGGUCAGAAGUUACUAAUAGUUCAUAUGUCCGUAACUUUAGUGAUUAUUUGUCAACGGCGAGAUCUUCAAGUGCUGCCUCACCUGUUGAGUCCAACCGAGAGACGAAGGCUACAAGUUUGAAUAGCUAUCACAAGUCGAUGGUAUUCCAUGAUUUAUCAGGGAACAAGCUCGCCAAUAAGAACUCUAAUGGAGAAAUCAGAUCAGAUUCGAUUCCUGUGGCCUCGAAGGUGAAGGUGCCUUCAGGUGAAAUUCAGAAAUCAAAUCCUGCUCAGAAAGUCCAAACAAAUAAGUCGACGAUUUUCCUUGAACUGUUCACAACAGGACUUACGAAUCUUGGAAAUUCCUGCUAUAUGAAUUGUAUCCUUCAGUGCUUGAGCUCAACUCCGCAAUUAACUAGCUUCUUUUUCCCUGUAGUGGAAGAGAACAAUACCCAGGUUCUACAGAGUUACAAACAACACAUUAACAUGAAAAACAAGCUCGGUUCCAAAGGUGUUAUUACUACAAGUUUUGUGAAAUUGUUGGCUAGUAUGUUCAAUAACAGUGGAAAAUAUUUUUCUCCGGGUUCUUUCAAGCAAACAGUGGGAUCGUUAUCACCGGGCCGACAAUUUGCCAAUUCGGAACAACAUGAUUGUAUUGAGUUUCUCAAUUAUAUUUUGGAUUCAUUGCAUGAAGAUUUGAAUCAAAGAUUAAUCGAGAAUGCAGAGGAGCGGGCUGCUAUUAUGGAGUUAUCUCCGGAGCAAGAGAAAGCUAGGGAAUUCAUGCCAGUGCGACUUGCAUCUACGAUAGAAUGGGAGAGAUAUUUGAAGUUGAAUUUUUCCGUGAUUGUGGACUACUUCCAAGGGCAAUAUCUUUCAAAGUUGGAAUGUCUUGAAUGUCAUUUGACUUCCACGACUUACAAUGCCUUCUCCAUAUUGUCAUUGCCACUUCCAGAAAAGAUUUCAGGAUCGUAUGUAAAGGUCACCUUAGAUCAGUGCUUGGAUUUGUUCACCGAAACAGAACUACUUGACGAUGAUAACAAAUGGCAUUGUCCAAGAUGCCAGCGGUUCACAAAACUGACAAAAAAGAUAACAAUUACAAGGUUCCCAAAAGUUUUGAUUAUUCAUCUCAAGAGAUUCAACAUGGAUCUGAGGGGGUAUUUCAAGAAGCUAGAUACUUUUGUGACUUAUCCGGUAGAAGAUGUUUUGGAUUUGACUCGUUUCUGGCCAUCCGUUGGAACAUACGUCAACUCAGACCCAAGAUCAAUUAUACCAAAAGAACGUGAAAAUGAGAUUUUAGCAUCGUUCCCCAAUCGAAAUCAGACUCCUCCCUUUCGUUACCACCUCUAUGGUGUGGUUAAUCAUUUUGGUAACUUAACAACUGGGCAUUAUACCUCGUAUGUCAAAAAGAAAAAGCAUUCGGGCAAUGGGAAACAAUGGUGUUACUUCGAUGAUGCGAAAGUGCAAUUUGAUUGUAGCAAGGAUCAAGUUCAGAAUAUGAAUGCUUAUUGUUUGUUCUAUCUGCGAGUUCAGUAA